CUAACAGUGGCACUACAGCAUGGACACUCAACAAAGUAACAAGGCCCAUCGAGGGGGGUCGUCGAGAACCACAGCAAAGAAGAAGUUGCAUCAAAAUGGACUGAACGCAAAGGCAUUCGCUGUGAAUGCCCCAAGAAAGUUGGAAAGGCAAGCCAGAAGAUCUCAAGAUGUUAAUGAAAAAAAGUUGCAUGUGCCGAUGGUGGAUAGAACACCUGAUGACGAUCCUCCACCUGUGAUUGUGGCCGUCGUAGGUCCACCAGGUACCGGUAAGACCACCUUGAUCAAGUCCUUGAUCAAGAGAUUGGCCAAGACCACCCUUACUGAAAUCAAAGGUCCCAUCACCAUUGUCAGUGGUAAGAGAAGAAGAUUGACCUUUAUUGAAGUAGGAAAUGACUUGAACUCUAUGAUUGAUGCUGCCAAGAUUGCUGAUCUAGUUUUGAUGUUAAUCGACGGUAACUACGGACUUGAGAUGGAAACCAUGGAAUUCUUAAAUAUUGCCCAACAUCAUGGUAUGCCUCGUGUUCUAGGAGUAGCCACGCAUUUGGAUUUGUUCAAGUCCCAGAGUACCUUGAGGACCUCAAAGAAGAGAUUGAAGCACCGGUUCUGGACUGAAGUCUAUCAAGGUGCAAAACUAUUCUACCUUUCGGGUGUCAUGAAUGGAAGAUACCCAGACAGAGAAAUUUUGAAUUUAAGUAGAUUUAUCUCAGUUAUGAAGUUCAGACCUUUGAAGUGGAGAAACGAACAUCCCUACCUUUUGGCUGAUAGAAUUACCGAUUUAACACAUCCACAAGACAUAGCAGACAAUCCAAAGUGUGAUAGAAAAGUAGCUAUCUAUGGUUACUUGCAUGGUACCCCCUUACCUGCUCAAGAUGCCCAUAUUCAUAUCACAGGUGUUGGUGAUUAUCAUGUUCAGUCUGUCGAAAAGUUACCAGAUCCAUGUCCAACCCCAUACUACGAGCAAAAAUUGGAUGAGUUAGAAAGAGAAAAGGCCAAAGAGCAAGCAGAAAAAGAAGGUACAGUGGCCAAAACUACCAGAAGAAGAAAGAGAUUGGAAGACAGACAAAAGAUCAUCUAUGCCCCAAUGUCCGAUGUAGGUGGUGUUUUAGUCGACAAAGAUGCUGUAUAUAUCGACGUUGGAGCUAAGGAGUCCUUUGCUCCUGGUGAAGAAAAUGAUGGAGAAGGUGAAAGAUUGGUGACUGAUUUACAAGAAGUCCAAAAGACCAUGGCCGAGAGAUUCGAGGAAGGUCCUGGUUUGCAAUUAUUCUCUUCAUCCAAAGCAUUGAAUGAGGUCGAUUCCGAAGAAGAACAGGAAGAAGGGGGCUUGUUAUCGGACCUUGAAGAAGAGGAGCAAGAGAGUAACGGAAAUAUCGGAAGAACAUCCAUGAGAAAGCCAAGGAUCUACGGUAAAUCGGUACAAGAAGACGACGAGUUUGACAAUGAAUUAUCUGAAGAUGAAGAAGAUGAAGAAGGUUUGAGAGAGCCCAAGUUAGUUGAAAUUGAUUUCAACAACAAUAAGUAUAAAGAAGAUGAAUUGGAAUUCGUCGAGGAUUCUUCUUUAUCUUCGGAUGAGGAUGAAAAUGGCUACAGAACUACAGCCAGAAAGUUGAAGGCACAAGCUCAAAGAAGAUGGGAUAUUAACAAGAUCCUCUACUUAAAUAAUAUCGAACCUUCAGAAGUCAUUAGAAGAUGGAAAGCAGAACAACGUGUGGAAGAAGAUGAAGAAGAAGAAGACAUUGAAGAGGACGAUGAUCAAUUCUUUAAGAAGAAGUCAACUCAAGAAUCGAGUGCAGACUUGGAUCAAUUUGUCCCAUCAUAUCCUUCUGUGGAUGAACUCAAAAUUAAGUUCAAUGCUGAUGCUACCAGUGAUGACGAAGAAUACGAGAAUGGAUACAAAUUCUUGAAGUCAAGAUUCUUGGUUGCUCCAAAGGUUGGUGAUAGUAAUGGGGAAGAUGGUGAUGGUCAAGGUGAGGGUGAUGACGAUGAGGAAGUGUAUGGUGAUUUUGAAGAUUUGGAGGAUCAAGACAAUAAUGCAGAUGAAGGCGACUCCAACGAAGACGACUUUGCCGACUUCGAUGCAGAAGAAGAAAAUGACGAGCUUGAUGAACAACCAGAAGAAGAAGAAGAAGAUGAUGAUGAAAACAUGACGGUUGAAGAGAAGAGAAGUCUUAAUGCAACUAAGAAAGCAAAAUUACAGCUUCAAUUCGAAGAAGAAGAAGAUCGUGAAUUUGGUGCAAAUGACCCUGAAGGUGACACCGAGGCCGACACUUGGUACGAAUUUCAAAAGAACAAAAUGGCCAAGCAAUUGGAAAUUAAUAAAGCUGAGUAUGAACAAAUGGACCAAGCUACCAGAAUCAAAAUUGAAGGUUACAAAGCUGGUUCUUACGUUAAGAUUGUUUUCAACAACAUUCCUUGCGAAUUCAUUGACAACUUACAGCCAGAAUAUCCCCUUGUAUUAGGUGGUCUUUUGGCUACUGAGUCCAGAUUUGGAAUAAUGAACGUCAGAAUCAGAAGACAUCGUUGGCACAAGAAGAUCCUUAAAUCUUCCGAUCCAUUAAUUCUUAGUUUGGGUUGGAGAAGAUUCCAGACUUUGCCAAUAUAUACUACUUCAGAUUCCAGAACCAGAAACAGAAUGUUGAAAUACACUCCCGAGCAUGCUUACUGCUUUGCAUCUUUCUAUGGUCCUUUAGUCGCUCCAAACACGACUUUCGUUGGUUUCAACUUGGUUGAUAACCAAUCUACCACUGGUUCGUUCAGAGUUGCAGCUACAGGUAUCGUUGAAGAUUUGAACUCAUCUGUUGAAAUAGUCAAGAAGUUGAAAUUGGUUGGUUUCCCAUACAAGGUUUUCCGUAAUACAGCUUUCAUCAAGGAUAUGUUCACUAACUCUUUGGAAGUCGCUAAGUUCGAAGGUGCAUCUAUUAGGACUGUCUCAGGAAUAAGAGGUGAAAUCAAGCGUGCCUUAUCAAAACCUGAAGGGCACUUCAGAGCUACUUUUGAAGAUAAGAUUUUGAUGAGUGAUACUAUUUUCUUGAAGACUUGGUACCCGGUCAAGGUCAAGAAGUUUUACAAUCCAGUGACUUCUUCGUUAUUGAACAAACACACUGAAUGGAGAGGAAUGAGGUUAACCGGUCAAGUGAGAGCUGAACAAAAUAUCGCUACACCAUUGAACCAGGAUAGUGCUUAUAAGAAGAUCGAAAGAGUGGAAAGAAGAUUCAAUGCAUUAAAGGUUCCAAAGACCGUCAAGGCUGCAUUACCAUUUAAAUCCCAAAUCCACGAAAUGAAACCCCAAAAGAAACAAACCUAUUUGGCCAAGAGAGCUGUUGUUUUAACAGACGAAGAGAAGAAGGCCAAGGACUUGUUGCAGAAGAUUGCAACAGUCAGAAACGCAAAGGAAGCCAAGAGAAAGUCGAAGAAGGAGGAGAAAUUCAAGGAUAGAUUAAAGAACUUGGCUAAGAAGGAUGAGUUAAGGAAGGAAAAGGAGAAAGAACGUAAGAAGGAUUUCUUUGCAAAGGAAGGUAAGAAGAGAUCAUUAGGAUCCAGCGAAGGUAAUACUGAAGCUUUUGGCAAGAAAAGACGUGCAUAGUUCUAUAAAUUACAAAUAACAAGUUACAAAUACCUGAGUGCAGAUUC